CGGCGCAGCCCGAGUCCCCCGAGCCAGCUCCGUGUGCCGGCGUCGCUGGGUCCCCUCUCGCUGCUCCUGCUCCUCGCUCAGCCUCCGGCGCUCCCUCCCUCCUCCAUGGCGUCGCUCCUGUGCUGUGGGCCCAAGCUGGCCGCCUGUGGCAUCGUCCUCAGCGCCUGGGGGGUGAUCAUGUUGAUAAUGCUCGGGAUAUUUUUCAAUGUUCAUUCUGCUGUGUUAAUUGAGGACGUCCCCUUCACAGAGAAAGACUUUGAGGGGAGCGGCCCUCAGAACAUAUACAGCCUGUACGACCAGGUCAGCUACAACUGUUUCAUCGCCGCGGGCCUCUACCUCCUCCUGGGAGGCUUCUCCUUCUGCCAAGUACGACUAAAUAAGCGCAAGGAGUACAUGGUGCGCUAGGCCGCACCCCGGCUCCCCCUCCCCACGCCCCUCCUCUAUUUAAAGACUCCUGCACCCGUCGGCGUCCUUCGGAGCCGAGUUCCCCGGCCCUGCGACCUCGGCUGUCCGGCCCCUGGAGGGCACCGGCGCCGAGCGCGCCCGCCCGCCCGCCCCGCGCUACAAUAAAGAGAAGCGGUCCCCCUGA